GCGGCCACGGCCUGGAGGCGUCGGCCGCGGGGGAGGGUGCGCCUGCCCGACCCCACGGCCUCAGAGUAAAGAACGUUUCGCGUCCAGUGUCCCGGGACGUGGGAGCAACGGCAACAAGCCCACGCGGUGCGGAAGCGGACGGAGGGCCCUGGGCUCCGCAGGGGCCGCCGGCUCGGGAGACCCAGCCGUGGUUGCCUCCCUGAGCACCGUGCAGCCGGGGUCCCGCGGCCCCUCGGCCCGAAGUGCGGGUUUGCAGGUCCGGGUUUGCGAACCGAGUGCAGUGCUUCUCGAGAACACAUGCUGGUAUUGCAACGGUUCGAAGCAUCUCAGGGAGAUUUGUACCCACAGGUCUUCUGAAAGCUAGCCAGAGCGGAUCCUUUCACUACAGCCUCCUUCAGAGCCGAGGGCCAUGAGCCACCUGCAGAACUUACUGUUAGAUUCCCUCCUGGGCACCAAGCACGUGGACAGCGCGGCCCUCAUCAAACUCCAGGAGCGGAGCCUGUCUGUGGCAUCGCCAGGGUUCAGUGUAAUGCCCAGUGACGUGCGAACACUUGUGAAUGGGUUCGCCAAGAACCCUUUGCAAGCCAGAAGAGAGGGAUUGUAUUUCAAGGAAAAGGACUACAGAUGUGUGCGGGCAGACGAUUAUUCUCUUUAUGCUAAGAAUGAAAACACUGGUGUGAUUGUUGUGAAGACCCAUCUGUAUCUUCUGGUGGCAACUUACACUGAGGGCAUGUAUCCGAGUGUCUGUGUGGAGGCUACAGAGAAGCUGGGAGAAUAUCUAAGAAAAAAAGGAAAUUAAGUCAUCAGAAGACUAUGAAGGACAGCUUUUAUUGUUUCAGAAGAUAACUACAGAUUCUAAAACAAAAGUAAUGCCUUCUCCUGUUGUUGAAAAAGACCAGGCAGAAUAUACUAAAGAGGAAGAAUGAGUUAAUAGAGCACUUUUUUAAUUUCAAAAGAUCUUUUAAAUUGGAAUUAUUGGGCCAACUUGUUUGUUUUUUAAGUGUUAUUCAUUGGCAUGAGUGUGAGAACACUGAUAGUUUGU